AACUGACGCCCGCUGAGAACCGACAAGCAAUCGAAGCGGCCUGUGACCUGCAUCUGCAUCCACGACCACAUCGUGGUCCAAUUUCCCAACCCGUGAAGCUCUAUCCGAGUCGGUUUGAUAGCCUUUCUGAUACGGUCACGGUCACUUUCCCUCGACAUACGUCCGGGUCCAACCAAGCUUCGCUUUCAAUCCAAGGAUCUGUCAACCCUCCACGCCCUCCCGCAACCGCCUUUCCCUAUCCCACUCAACCACCACAGCCAUGGGUUCAGACCCGCAAUACGCGAAAUGGCCCCUGCUGCCACUCGCUCAGCAAGUAUUUACCCUCACCAACUCAUACGCCUCCCGGACCUCGCAACAGGCGGCGGCCAAGCAGCUCCAAGAUGCCAUCUCCGAGCACAGGAUGGCGCCCUUCUACCGCUACCUAGCACACCCGAUAGAUGGCAUUCUCAAUGUGGUUGGAGAGGGCGGUGCGAACGUCCCGGGCAAGGCACCGAGUAGGAAGAACAGCGCUGCGGGAAUGAUCGCGACGAGGAGCGCAACCGCUAGCAUAAACCUGCCGUGGGACGAGGAGCUGUACCAGUCGCUGCAUGCCGACAACGAGCGUGAGCUAGAGGAGUACCAAAAGGAAGAGGAGGAGGCAGUUGAGAAAGCUGGCGACACGGAGAUUCAAGCUGCACGGGGCAAGAGGGCCGAGUUCUGGGCCAGAGUUGGUGACAAGGAGAAAGCCAUUGCCGCAUACGAAGACGUCUUCGAGAAGACCGGCGUCCUCGGCACCAAGAUCGACCUGGUGCUUGCAAUCAUCCGCAUGGGGCUCUUCUACGGAGACAAGCAUCUGGUCAAGAAGCACGUCGAGCGGGCUAAGACACUGGUCGAGAGCGGCGGUGACUGGGACCGGCGCAACCGAUUGAAGGCGUACGAAGGCUUGUACCUGCUCACCAUCCGCAGCUACAACCUCGCCGCGCCCCUGCUCCUCGACAGCCUGUCCACCUUCACCUCCUACGAGCUAUGCACCUACAGCAACCUGGUCAUCUACUCCGUGCUCGCGGGGUCCGUCUCGCUCAAGCGCGUGGACUUCAAGUCCAAGGUGGUGGAUGCCCCAGAAAUCCGAGCCAUCCUCGGGGACGGCGAGGAUAAGCUGCUCGCCCUGACAGGCGCAAUCUCCGCGGGUCCGGGUGCCGACGACGCCGAGAUGGAGGUGGACGCGAGCUCCGCCACGCCUGCCGGUUCCAAAGUCGCGGUCGUCAACCUGACAACGCUCGGCAGCGACCAGCCCGAGGCGGAGAUGGCGGUGGACUUUGGUCCGCUCGCCCAGCUGGUCAGCAGCCUCUACAACGGGCGGUACAAGCUGUUUUUCCAGGCGCUGGCGCUCGUCGAGGAGCAGUUUCUGACGCAGGACCGCUACCUCCACGAGCACAAGAACUGGUUCAUCCGCGAGAUGCGCCUGCGCGCGUACCAGCAGCUCCUGCAGAGUUACCGGGUUGUUGGGCUCGACAGCAUGGCGAACGAUUUCGGCGUGACGGUUGAUUUUCUGGACCGCGACCUCGCCAAGUUCAUCGCCGCCGGCCGCAUCCCCUGCACCAUUGACCGCGUGGCCGGCAACGGCGUCAUCGAGACCAACCGGCCGGAUGACAAGAACAAGCAGUACCAGGAUGUCGUGCGUCAGGGUGAUCAGCUGAUUACGAAGCUGCAAAAGUACGGGCAGGCGGUUCGGUUGAGAGGGAGUGAGAGGGCGUAGGCAGGAGUGGCUGUCGUAGCUUUAGAGGCCUGCCCGCUGCCACACGGGGUAUAAUAAACAUGAACAUCCGCAUGACGUGAAAUGCCCCAUAUUUCCGACGCACCAACAUCAGGGGAAGUGUGGCAUCCUGUGUAUGAUACCUAUAAACGCAAACAACUGGAGAAUGGGCCAUGGAAUGGUUACCUUGUGUAUUGCACAGGACGGACGCAGUCACAUGCACACG